AUGAAGGAAGAAUCCUAUAUGAAAUCCAAGAGAAGGAGUAUGAGAUUUGCUGAUGAGUUCCAUGUCAAUCCGGUCCAAACGGCAGGGGGUUUAGCUCUUUGGUGGGUGGCGGGGUUACCUAUCACAAUUCUGGAUAGUAGCUGUUUUUUUAUUGAUGCUUUUGUUGAUGUUAAUGGGGGCUUUUUUAUCACUUUUGUUCAUGCCCCGUCUGAUCCUGCUCGGCGUAGGGAUUUUUGGGAUCAGAUUAGUAGUCUUAGGACUAGUGUUGAUGAUAAAUGGGUGGUUAUUGGGGAUAUGAAUGCUUUGCUUUCCUCAGAGGAAAAGAAGGGGGGGAAUGUGCCUAGGAACGUAUCUACUGUACCCUUUAAAGCUUUUGUUGAUGGGAAUGGUUUAAUGGAUAUGGGAUUUAAGGGCUACCCUUUCACUUGGAAGAAUAAUCAGGAAGGAACGAGACGUAUUGAGGAGAGACUUGAUCGUGGUUUGUGCUCUACCUCGUGGUUUACAAUGUACAGUAAUGCUCUGAUUAUUCAUGAGCUGCCUAUUGAAUCUGAUCAUAGUCCUCUGCGAUUGGAGUUUGAAGGGAUGCGGGGAAAAUCAAGGACUCCCUUCCGUUUUGACACUAGAUGGUUUCAAAACGAGGAGUGCUUUGAGAUUGUGAAUCGGAAUUGGGAUGGCGGAGGCCUUUGUCAUGAAAGACUACAAAAUUGUAAAAAGGAAUUGACCAUUUGGGCUAAACAAAUGUUCAAAGAUCAAAAUAGGAGGGCUGAGGACAUCCAAAAGAGAUUGGUUGACAUCCUUCAUCUUGACCGAUCAGUGGAGGUUGUUGAAGAGGAAAAAAGUCUGAUGAGUGAGCUUGCUGCCAUUUGGAAGGAUGAUGAAUUAUUUUGGAGCCAACGGUCACGUGUGGAUUGGCUCAGUGUCGGCGACCAGAACAAUAAGUUCUUUCAUGCUUCUACCUCUCUUCGCAAGCUUCGAAACAAAAUUUCUGCCUUGAAAGAUGAUUAUGGGAACCUGAUUACCCAGCCUGAUGCUCUUUCUUCUCAUGUGAUUAAUUUCUACAAAAGUCUGUUUACAAAGAAAUCAGGGCUUAAUGAUGGAGCCCUCCAGGACUUUCCGAGGCUGGUUUCACAUGAUAUGAAUCUUGAUCUUGAUAGAGAUCCGACUGUUGAGGAGAUUCGUGCUGCGGUGUUUGACCUUGGCCCUACAAAAUCACCAGGUCCUGAUGGUUUUGCUGGAUCGUUUUACCGCAAGUUUUGGAGUAAAGUUGGUCCUGAUUUCUGCAGUGAAGUCAUGAGUUUCUUCAGAACCUCUAUUAUGCCUCAGGGAUGGAAUGAUACUCAUAUUGCCCUUAUUCCCAAGGUUCUUGCUCCGGAGUCUAUUUCCCAGUACCGACCCAUUAGCUGCUGCAACUUCAGAUACAAGAUCAUCUCUAAAAUUCUUUCAAGUCGAAUGAAGAAGUGGCUUCCGGGUUUGGUCUCCGAAAUGCAGGCAGCGUUUACAGGUGGGAGACUUAUCCAGGAUAAUGUCAUUAUUGUUCAUGAGAUGCUGCAUAAUUUCAAUAAUCGACGUUAUGGUGAUUGGGACAUGAUGGUGAAAUUGGAUAUGAGAAAAGCAUAUGAUCUUGUUGACUGGGAUGGUCUCGAUUCUAUUCUGCAUGCUUAUGGGUUCUCUGAGAAAUGGCGGGGCUGGAUUCGAGAAUGUACCAGGACAGUAAAAUUCUCUAUCUUAUUGAAUGGGAGCCCUACUGAGCCUUUCUCUCCAUCCCGAGGGAUUAGACAAGGUGAUCCCAUCUCUCCCUUCUUGUUCAUCCUUAUGUCUAACGCCUUGUCUUUCUUAAUUGAAAGAGGGAUCUCUAAAGGUGAUAUUAGAGGUAUCAAGCUCAACCAGAAUUGCCCCAGAAUUUCUCACUGUCUUUUCGCGGAUGACACUGUCAUUUUCGGCAAAGCCAGCGUAUCGGAAGCUGACAGGAUCAAGGCCAUCAUUGAGAUUUAUGGAGGCACAACAGGUCAGGAGAUCAAUGCCUCCAAAUCGUCUAUUUUUUUCAGCAAGAAUACUCCCCAUGCCAUUCAGAAUCUUGUGAGCACCAAGUUCGGAUUUCCGUCUGCAGUGUGCCAUGAUAAAUAUUUGGGAGUUCCAACAGAAUGGGGUAGAUCCAAAAAAGAAACAUUUAGAUUUCUUUUGGAGCGAAUGGAGAAGAAAGGUGAAUCUUGGAAGAGCCUCAUGUUAUCACCAGGAGGGAAAGAAGUUCUGUUAAAAGCAGUGAUUCAAGCUUUGCCGACGUACAUCAUGAGCGUCUUCUUGCUCCCUCUGAACUUAACAAACAAAAUGGAUUCGAUCCUGAAGCGUUUCUUCUGGUCUGGUUCCAUGAAGAAGAGGGCUAUUCAUUGGUGUAAAGCAAGGGAUUUGGAAAUUCCGAAAGAUGAAGGAGGACUGGGGUUCAAGAAUUUUCACCUCUUCAACCUUGCUCUUAUUGGUAAGCAGGUUUGGCGUCUCUUUGAUAACCCCGAUGCCUUGUGGGCAAAGCUUUUGAAGGGACUUUACUUUCCCAAUGGUGAUGUGUUUUCGGCAGCAAAGGGGAGUAAGAGUUCAUGGAUUUGGAAUGGCUUUUGCGAGGCUAAGGAGAAGAUGAAGAGCGGUUUGAUUAGAGGGAUUAUGUCAGGGGAGGAUUCUUCUUUCCAUUGCGACCCUUGGCUUCCUUCCAUUCCAGGUUUUAGCCUCUCUCCUUUGGGUUUGGAGCCAUCAAAAGUCAGUGAUUGGAUUGAUCAGGAUACUCGGAGCUGGAAAAUGGAUGAUAUCAGGAAUCUUGUGCCCGAGGAGAUUGCCCUUGCUAUUGCCCGUGUCCCGAUUGGGCCAUGUACUGCUCAUGAUAGAUGGAUUUGGAGAGGUACGGAAUAUGGUGGUUACAGUGUUAAGUCUGCCUAUCGAAUGUUUCGGGAGAGUCGAGAUUCUGCCUCGCAUACUGCCGUGGUGUCUUCUUCUCGUCCAAAUAGGGACGAUUGGAAAUGGUUGUGGGAUCUCAAGUUGCCCCCUAAACUCCGGUUUUUCAUUUGGAAGAGUGGUAAAAAUGCAAUUGCAACACGAGCGAGGCUUUUCGAACACAAAUGUGCUCCUAAUCCUUUGUGCCCGCUUUGUGAGGAACACAACGAGACCAUCUUGCAUUGCUUGUUCCAUUGCUCCAAAGCUUCCGCGACUUGGUCUCAAAUGGGAUUGGUGCAUGUUCUUCCUGCGGCUGACUCAAGCUUUGCAGUGUGGUUUUUUGACCUCAAAGAUCGAAUGAAUGAUGACCAGAUUACCAAGAUUGUUUGCACUCUGUGGAAUAUUUGGCUUGCUCGAAAUGGUUUGGUCUUUGAUGGUCGGGCGUUCUCUCCGCCCUCUGUGGCAAUUUUAGCUGAUCGAGAUGUCCGGAGCAUGCAAGAAGCUAGGAUCUCAUCCUCAGGUUCUUCCUCUUCAAGGGCAGCUAAUUUGUCGUCUCAGCCUGAGAGUUCUCGGUCGACGACCUUAUCACCGCCUGGUCCUUUCAGUAAGGUUGUGCAUUGCGAUGGUUCCUUUGUUUCUGAUGCACAGGUGGCGGCUUAUGGGAUUGCUAUUGCUAACUCCCACGGUCAGGUUAUCGACGGAAGGGCUGAGAGAUUCUUUUGUUCCUCUCCGAUUCAGGCAGAAGCUUUUGCAAUUCUCAAUGCAGUUAUCUUGGCGGCCCGGGAUCCAGUCCCAACAUGUAUCCGGUCUGACUGUCAGAGGCUUACGAUUGCGCUGAGACAGGAUCCGAGCCUUUGGCCUUGGCAGUGCAGGGCAACCCUUGCCCGUGUGGUUUCCAUUCUUUGUGUUUCUCCCUGGAUCUCGAUCGAGUUUGUUCCCCGUCGACUCAAUUUGUUGGCUGAUUGGAUCGCAAGGAACUCUCGUCUUGAUCUUCUUCCUCCGGAGUGGACUGUCAUCGCUGACCUUGUAGCUCCAUUAUUGUAA